UCUCUCUCUGUGUUUCUCUCUCUCUUUCUCUCUCUCCCUCUUUCUCCCGAGCGAGAGGCAAAGGGUGCCUCGUCUCGCGAGCAUCGGCACGAGAGGAACAACGAAACGGGAUCGUCGUCGUCGUCGUCGUUGCGCGAUCGUCGACGUCAGAUCAGGUAGGCAGGCAGAGGAAGAGGAGAGACUGGAGGAGGCGGACUGAGUGCCGGACACGGCGUCCCUCCGGGGGUGGGGAUGGAGCCGGAGCAGCGAGGACGCGCUUCGCGGGCAUCGUCGACGUCGAGCCUCGGACGCGAGGUCCGUUGCGGCUGUCAGUACUACCAGAGCGACUCGCUUCUGCCGGAACGGCGUGCUCUCCUCGUCAGACCGCCAUCCAGGACGAUGCAGCAGCCACACGCGGUCCGCUGCAGCGAGCACGAGUACGAACCGAUCGCGCCUCCGCCGCCGUUGCUGCCGCAUCCGGCGAUGGCUCCGGUCGUGCGGAUCACCGACACGGACGUGAUGCCCGUCGCCGACAGCGUCGACAGCAUCGACGUGCUGGGUCGGCUGCCGCCGGAGCUGAUCCUCGACCGCAGCGUGGUCCUUCCGUUGGACGGCAAGAUCGAGGAUAGCGCGAUGGAGGGCCGCGAGCUCGGCGAGACCGGCGACACGUCCGCCGAGGAACUGGAACCCACGGCGCAGCAGCUUCAAGACAGGCUCGAGGAGCGAUUCCUCGACGUGCCCGCUCCCUACACCGAGUCCAGGACCGACGGCGAGAUCAACACUAGUCAGGUAGACUCGUCUAUGAUGGAGGAGUUGCCGCUCCGACGCGGUGCUCGCGGCUUCCCUCAGCGUUUAAAGAAUCAGGCUGGUAAACUGCGCUCCCGGCUUCGGGGUAUCCAGCGGCCCACAUUCUCGUUCCCGCAGAAACGGCAGAAGCCCGAAAAAACGACAACAACGACGACGACGACGACGACGACGACGAAGAGAUCGGCAGCCAGCAGUGGCAAGUCAGACAAGUCUCGCACGCCCGAGAAGCGACCUAGCCGAAUAGAGCGGAUAAGAUCGUCCAUCUCCGAGAAAGCGGGAAAAUUCAGUCUGCCCGACAAGUCGAAAUUUCACCUGCCGGAGAGACCGAAGUUCAAUUUGCCGGACAAAUCGCGCUUCCACUUGCCGGACAAAUCAAAGUUCAAUAUCAAAAAGCCCAACAUUCACCUGCCCAGCGCGCUCACGCGCGUCAAGCGGCCGCCCCCGCUGCGCGAGCAGCAGCAGCAACACUCGACCGAAUCGACGGCCGGCUCCAAGCGCAACAUCUUCGACUUCGCCACAUAUCCGCGCAUCUUCGACAAGAAGUCGAAGAAGCGCGGUGAUUACGCGACGUCUUCGCCGAAAGACUCGAGAGCGGAGUCGGCGGAGAGCGCGACUCUCCCGCGCGCACGCAAGGGAAAGGCUUUCAGCGCCAGAUGGACGUCGCGCUUCGGAGAUUCCGCUUACACCCGGGACCAGGAUCGCCCGGACGAGGCUGCGGCGAGCGACGGCACUCCACCGUGGCAUCAGAGCUCGAUAGAGGAACCGCCGAGGCUGUCCGCCAGAACCGAGGAAGAGAUACUGGCGGCCGCUCGCGCGAUCCCGUGGGAGGACGCGAGAAAGCGGGAGCAGUACGACGACGAGGAGAUACAGUACAUGGAUUACGAGCAGGAAUCCUCGGAGAUGUCGGAUCGGCGUCCCGCUCCGCCUAGAAGAAGCCACAAGGCGUCGAGAAGGCGGGAGGAAUCGUACGAGCGGGAAGAGGCGAUCGAUCCGAGGCUGUACGACGAUCGAGCGGCGAAUCGCGAGAACGACGAUGCAGCGGCGCGGGACGAAUGGCGCGCGGAGGAGCAGAUGACGUCCGACGAAAAAUUCAUCCCGCGAUCGAGAUCGUUAGACGAGGACAUGCCGCGAGCUCUGCAGCCAGAGGACUACGACGGAGCGUUCAUGGCGGUGGAUCCAAGGCAAUUUAAGCCGCGCGAAACGACGUCCGAAGAGAAGCAGCAGGGGGAGGGAUUGGAGGAAGGCGAGGAGGAGCACGAGCCGUCAUCGAUGCAGUCCGAUCGGGAGCAGCAGGCGUCCAGCGGCAGUUCCUGCGACCGAAGGCGCCACGGCGUGAUAGAAGAGAUCGAUUCCGACGAGUUCUUCCUGCGGGCGAGCGGUAUAAGUCAGGACGACGUAAACUUGGGCAAUUAUCUGACCGACGAGCUCCGAGACGCUCUCAGAUCGGAGAUCGCGAACGCCUUGCGGGACGACGAGCUGCCGCCUACGCCGCCGCAACGUCCUAAGAGGAUGCGGUCGCUGAGGAAGCGCAAGGAGGACUCGGCGGAGCCUGACGAAGCAGCACCGCCGGUCAGACCGAAGCGGGAACGCUCGGCUCGGCGCAGUCGGGAAACGUCGAUCGUCGACGAGGUGUUCCGCGAGCGCACCCGCAGCGACUCGAGAAGCGAUUCCAGGCAUCUCGUCGUGUAUCAGACGGAAGGGGGAGAUCAACGGGAACUGUCGCAGGAGCCGCUGGACGAUAUAGUUGUGGUGAAACCGGCGCGCAGGAAGUCGAGAUCCUCUCUGCGCAGUCAGUCGCAGCCGCCGAUGGAAACGUCGAUCCUCUCGCCGCCGGCGCCCUUCGUGAUACCCGACUCUUCGCCCGGUCUUCUUUCCGCGCCGCCCGUCGUGCCGGUGCGCCGAAAACGCUCGCAUCGAGAAGCGGUGGUGAAUCGGCGAAACGGCGACGUGGUCGCGCCGAUCUGCAACGGUCAUCGCGAAUGGGAGGCCGAAAUCGAUUCCAAGAAACCGACGAUGCCGACGCGAUCGCGGCAAUCGCUGCUCGAUCGGCGCGCCGACGGCGAUACGCUCGUAUCCGCGAGUCGCGAGGACAUGGAGAAUCUGGAGGCGCGACUGCAACGGCAGGGCUCGGUUCCGCUGCCGCCGAAGAGGCGAUCCCGCUCGCGGACGACGUCGGUCGCCGCCGACGAGGACAGGACGUCGCACGGCGCGGAAUCGCUGCCGGAAGCCGGCUACAUCGAAGAGGACAUACCGCGGGAGGACGAGAGCGGCUCGGCGCGCGACCUCUCCGGCUACGCGAUCGUGGAAAAACGGGAGAAGCCGCCCAGGCCGCCGCCGCCCAGGCGAAAACGCGGCAAAUUCGCGACGACGCCGAGGCCGAUUCCGCCGAAGCGGCCUCUACGGGCGUACAGCACUCUGGGGCCUGUGAGAACGAGGGACACCAGCAUGACGUCGGAGCCGAUCACCAGGACGACCCUGUCGGCCGCCGAGUCCGAGCCGUACAUCGAGAUCGAGACGGACGACACCGAGCAUAGAGAUCUGCGCAGCGGCGAGGUGCUCCAUCGAAUGCAAGGUCGACCGCUUCCGGCGCCGCCGAGACCGCCCAGGUCGAGGAAGGAGCAGGUCGUCGGACGACCCCGCACCCCAUUCGAGUACGCGGAAAUGAUGGAGGCAACGGCGGCGACGCAGACCGAUCCGCUGCCGGACGAUAUGGUGAUCGAGGAGGAAGUGACGCAGGCGAAGCUCAUAGUGACGCCCUCCAGAUCCGGCUCGCAGAUAUUAGUGUCGAUGGAACGCAUACCCAGUCCGAGCAGAACGGGCACGCCGCCCGUGCCGCCGUUGCCGAUAUCGCAGUUCCUGCGGAAGGAGGAGGAAGAGGAGGAGGAGGAGGAGGAAGAGGAGAUGGAACGGGAGAUGGAAGACGCCGGAAUGGCGUUCGAAACGGUAUCGCUGACGUCGCCGUCGCCGAUGAGGGAGGCCGAUCUCGAGAACAAGCACAGAUCGGCGCCGCAUCUGCAAGAGCGCAUCGCGGACGAAUCGCCGCGACGACCACGUCAGAUCAAGUCGGGCUUACUGUUGCCCGACGAGCCGCUGAGAAUAAGCACCCUCGAGGUCGGAGACUUGAAGGUCGAUCGGCUGAGCGUGUCGCAGAUAGAAGCGCACAAGAUCGUGGCGUCCGAGAUCGACGCGAUGAUGAUCACGGCGUCGGAGUUGAUGCGAGGCGGCGACUCUUUGGAGGAGAGCCUGUCGCCGGCCAUCAUCAGGGAGCUGAUAGCGAUAAGAAGCCACUUGGAGACUGUGGCGCAGGAGAGGCAGCGCGAGAGCGAGAAGGAGUCCGCGAGCCGCAAGAUGGCCGACAUUCCCACGACAACGGACGGCGGUCAAAUUCGGGAGCGGGAGGCUGCGGAGCAGCGGGAGUCCUCGCGAGAAGCGACGGAAUCCGACGAGGCCGUCGCGGAGUUCAGCGAGACCGUCGCGAGCGAACCGGAAGCGUCCACGGAAGACGAGACGAUGAAGGCCGACGAGGACGAAAAGGUUGUUAAAACAGACGUAAUAGAUCUCAGGGAACAAGAAACAUCACACACCCCCUCAGUUGCUCAAACCAAAGACCCCUCCCCUCCCCCACAGAUACUUAAAAUAGAUAAGCUAGAAUCCAAGGAUGCAGACGUAAGCAUCGCGCAUUUGCACACGGCUGCUGCGGAUAUUCAAGAUGAGUCCUUACGAAUUUUAGAUCCCGAACAUCCCCUAACUUUGACUUCGCGAACCACGUCGGGCUCCCACGUGGACGAAUCUCGUGCUCCGUAUCCUUCGUCGGAUGUGCCUUCUUCGACCGGACCCUCCGAAUCGAGGGUGUCGCCGGAGCGCGCAGAGGGCGAGCCUCCGAGUAGCUCUGCCCGAACAGCGACGACAACCACCACUGCCGAGUUGGGCGCAACGUCUGCGGGUCUUCGUGGCAGCAAGGACGACGUGUCCGAUAGUAAAGAGCCGGCUUUCCGCAAGUCGAGAUCUAGAUCCCCCUCGCCUGCUAUGCGGCAGACCGCAUCCCCGGUCCGUUCAUUGCCACCAGCCAUCUCCGUGACUCCCGACACGCCCGACUCGACCGUAUCAGGACACGGCGGUAUCCUUACGGACGCUCAGCCGCAGCGUGCCGUCAUCUCUUACGCCUCGAAAGCGGGACACGGCGUUCCCACGGGCGCACAACCGCAGCGUGCCGUCAUCACCCACUUUCCCGACUUGGGACAAGCCCUUAGGGAGGGUCAAAGGGAGUCCUCUCAGUCGCCGGUAUCCUCCUCACCUCCCAACUCGACUCAAUUCAUCGCCUUUCCAGUCUCCGAGAUUCCAGCCCAUUUCUUUUCUCUGAGUGAUGCACCAACGAGUCGACGCACCGAUUCAGAACCCGGUGUUUUAGAUACUACGCAGCAACUUCUUCGGGCUCUUCGUUUGGCCGGUAUAAAAGCCAUGAGGCAUUUCGUAGGGUAUUUAACGUCCGCGCUAAGCGCGGACGACACGAGGGAGAAAGUUAGAGAGGUGGAAAUAGUAAUAUGUGCCCUGUUACUUUUGAUCGCGGGUUUGUUGAUAUAUUAUUUCAGUAGCACACGAACUGUAACGCAUUAUCAUCACUGGGAUUAUUUCAAUCCUCCUAAAUAACACGGUUUUCUACAAUACAGUUUACUUACAUUGUGCAUACAAAUCCACAUACAUACUAUUCAUAAAUUCACACGUAGUUCACUGAUUCGUAGAAGUUAAAAUUUCAUAUUCUUAUAUAAAUUUGUUUUAUAUAACAAGACUUUCGUAUUGGAGAAAAAUGAUUGAAAAAAAAAAACACGACAAAACAGGAAAUUGAGACGUAAUUGUAAUUCUUGUACAAAUAACGAAAUAAAACGAAAUGCCAGGUUUGUAAGAAAUAAAUUGUAAAAUUAUAUUACUGUGCCAAAUAUAUAUACGAUUAUAAAAUUUAAUA